AUGCAGCGUUCUACACAUGACUGGCAGCUUCGCCCUCCAUGUGGACAAGCUUCUAGCUCUGUCAAGACUCUUCCUACAAACCCUUGCAAUGCAAUCAUCCCCUCGCCACCACCUCAGUUUCCUCUUCUGCCUCCACCCCUACCCACUCCUCUGAUUCCUCCCCUAGCUCCCUUUUCAAACCUUCCUUUACCUACUCCUCCGAUCGUUCCUCCACUUCCUUUUCUCCUUCCUCUUCCUCUUCCACCCAUUUUAUUCGUUCCAUUCCUAUCUCAGCCAACUUUUUUGGUCGUUAAUAUUCUGCCAUCCAAUGAACCCUUGGGAAACGUAGUUUCUACUCCCCCUACGCCUUUGCCGCCUUUAAACUUCACAAUACCCUGUCCUGAUGACAAGAAUGUGCUUCUCCCUUCUCCGCCUAAUCCUGGAAAUAGUCCUCCACUUUCACUUCCCCCAUUACUAUCGUCAACUGGCACAGUUUUGAACAAUCUCAAUGAGCAAAGUGCGGAGUGCAAGGAUUAUCCGAGGGAACACCUGAAUAUGAAAACAAAGCGUAAGAACACAUUUGCAAGGUCAGACUUGAAGCAGGUAUCCUCGGCAUACCCUAGCGCGCAGAAGCCGCCUUUCAACAUCGUGUCAUCUGUAGAAAAGGCCACAACGUCGUUGGAUUUUCUGCGAGAUGCAGACAAGAACAACAAUACAGAGAAACUGCCAGAAUUAGGGGAGUCGCCCAUUACAAGCAUGGAGGCAGAUAAAUAUGAUUUUUCAUUUUUGUGGCAGAAACCAAUGGGCUAUAUGGAAAAUUCGAAUGUUGGUGGUGAACCGCGCGAUUCGGCAAUGCUAAUGCAUUUGAUGAAUUGCCAUUUGGUGAGUACUACUCUGUUAAAUUUCUACUUUGUAGAAAGCAGAUCUUUGAAGAGGGCUGCAAGUGGAUCUUACAAGAAAUUGUUUUAG